AGACCGCAGCUCUGGUUCCGAAAAUAACAGUUGCACAUAGCAAAGAUCCAAGCACAAUCGAAGAAAUCUAUCCAAGAAAUCACCUACCCAAAGUACGAGUAUCUCCAAGAUGCGUCUUAUCCUUCUCACCAUCGUUGGCCUCCUGUGCCUGGGCUAUGCCUUCGCCCUGAAUGGAAAUGGAGCUAACUUGGAGGAGCUGGCCAAUCUGGGAGCAGGCCAUGCCGAAAGCGGAGUGCGAGAGGCUCGUGGCUAUGGUCAUGGGAACUACGGACACGGCAACUACGGACAUGGUCACGGCCACAGCGGUGGUGGUGGUGGACAUGGACAUGGUCAUUAUGGUCGCUAGUCUAUCCCCUGAUGUGCAUCCCUUAACUUACCUUA